AUGAAACAAUCAUCUGAAAGUCAACGUCUACUCAUUAUUUCACUUGAUGGAUUUCGUCAUGAUUAUUUACAUGAACACUAUUUACCUGCAUUGAAUCGAUUUCGUAAUGAUGGUGUUCGAGCAACACAUGGAAUGCGACCUUCAUUUACUACAUUGACGUAUCCUAAUCAUAUUUCUAUCGCAACAGGAAUGUAUCCAGAAGAACAUGGCAUUGUGCAUAAUUCAUUCUACGAUCGAUUAUUAAAAUUAACUAUUGGAAUGAAUAAUCGUGAUGAUGGGCAAUGGUCUGAUCCAAAAGUAGAACCUAUAUGGAUUACUGCAACCAAACAAAAAAUAAAAUCUGCAGUUCUUUUCUGGCCAGCAUGUCAUAAUGAGUUUUAUGGCGUACGUCCACUUAUCUAUAGUUGGUUGUACACUGAUGAUGUAUCUUUUCGUGAAAAAAUCGACAAUGCUAUAGGUUACUUUCGUGAAUUAUCAGUUCAAUUCGUUAUGCUAUACCAUUUUGAACCAGAUAAGCAAGGACAUACAUAUGGCCCAGAUUCCCAAGAAGUACACGAUACAUUACUUCGUCUUGAUAUUGAUAUAGAAUAUUUAUUGGAUAAAACAAAGAAAGAACUCAAUGAUGAUUUAAAUAUUAUUAUACUCUCUGAUCAUGGCAUGACCAAUGUAACAGGAGUAAUACGACCAUUUUUCGAAAAAUAUCUUAGCCCAACAUCCGUUGAAACAAAUCUUCUUUCUGGUGCAUUAUUCAAUGUAAUGCCAAAACGUGGACUAACUAGAAAAGUUUACAAUAAUCUUAGUAACUUACCUAAUGUAACAGUAUAUAGACGUGAUGAAAUUCCUGAACGUUUUCAUUAUUCAAAACCAGGACAUCGACUUGGGGAAAUAACUGUAUUACCAAAUUUUGAAGGUCAAAUUCUAUCUCGAGCGACAACAAAUAAAGUUUACAACAAAAAAGGUAACCAUGGAUGGGAUAAUACAUUAGCAACUAUGCAAGCCAUAUUUAUGGCUCGCGGUCCUUCUUUCAAUAAAAAUGUGUCAAUUCAUUCACUUAAUAAUGUAGAUAUUUAUCAUAUUGCCUGUCACAUUCUUAAACUUAAUCCAAAUCCCUAUGCUACUGCUGGUUCUAUUGUCUAUCUUACUAGUAUUUUCCCAACGCUCUUUGGAAGUUUUGAUGGUUUACAUGAAUUUCGGCCCAAGGAAUUUUCGGCCCGGACUUUCGGCCCGGUCCGACUGUCCGGUGAUUUUUCGGCCUGGGCCGAAAGUCCUUCAUAA